GUAUGGGAUAUGCCGGUCGAGUCAGUCGGUCCUUGUGUCAUCUCAUAUGCAUAUGCCGCCGCAUAUAAAGCCUCUUGAACCUCUGUCCAUCAAGACUUUCUUGAUCAUCAAGGAUUCUCUCAGUACAAAGACCUCGAGCGUAUGCAACAAAGACAAUAUCCGCACUCAGCCAACACAGCGACUCUCAUAUAUCACUCACAUCAACCUUAUUCCCCUACCACCAACCCACGACACCAAAGUAAAAAAGAAAACAAAGAACCAUCACCAUCAUGAAGCUGUCCGCAGUCCUCCCCGUCGCGCUCCUCGCCGGCCUCUCCUCCGCCCAGAACCCCGAUGACAGCCGGUGGACCAACCAGGCCAACUUCCAAAAGACCAUCCUCGACACCACCAACCACUACCGCUGGGAGCACGGCGCCGCCAACCUCCACUGGAACGCGACUCUCGCCGGCUUCGCCAAGAGCUACCUCGACCGCAGCAACUGCAACUUCGCCCACUCGGGGGGGCCCUACGGCGAGAACAUUGCCUACGGCUACCAGGCCCCCGGCGACGCCAUCCGCGCCUUUGGCGACGAGCGCAAGGACUACGACUUCAACCGCCCCGGCUGGCAGCCCAGGGCCGGCCACUUCACCCAGCUCGUCUGGAAGGCCACCGACGCCGUCGGCUGCGCGGCGAGGCACUGCGGCAGCAACAUGCGCUUCUACCUCGUCUGCGAGUACUCGCCUCGCGGUAACAUUGUCGGCGGCGACUACUUCAGGGACAACGUCGGUCGUAAGAUCCGAUAGAUAGAUAUGCUGGGCGGCUCAACGUAGCGCCGCUACGACAUUGCGUCGAUACCAGAGCGGAGUCGGGUUUUAGAAGGGCUUGUGAUAUGGGCCGAUAUUUUGUACAUAGUAUUUUCCUUCCGUUGUAUAUGAUUGAGGAGAGCCGCACCCGUAGAAAAGAACAACACGCUUCACAUAUCGAGUC